AUGUUCAGCAAACCUGGCAGCGUCUCUGCAGCACUCGCAUUGCUGAUGGCACGCAUUGAGGUGAACAUGUUUGUGGAAGGAUUCCAUGAUGCUAUUCUUCUUUAUGCCCUAGCUUUACAGGAAGUCCUGAAGUUUGGUUUCAGUAAGAAAGAUGGGGAAAAAAUUGUUCAGCAAACACGGAACAGAACGUAUGAAGGCAUUGCAGGGCAGGUGUCCAUUGAUGCCAAUGGAGACAGAUACGGGGAUUUCUCUGUGAUUGGAAUGACAGACCCAGAGGCAGGCACGCAGGAGGUAAUCGGGGACUACUAUGGAAAGCAGGGACGUUUUGAAAUUCGAUCAAAUGUGAAAUAUCCUUGGAAUCACGGCAGGCUGAGACUAGAUGAAAGCCGCAUUUCAGAACACACAAACAAUACACCGUGUAAAUCAUCAGGUGGUCUAGGAGAAUCAGCAGUUACAGGAAUAGUUGUGGGCGCCUUGCUUGGAGCAGGAUUACUGAUGGCUUUUUACUUUUUCAGAAAGAAAUACAGAAUAACUAUUGAGAGACGAACUCGACAGGAGGACUGUAACAUGGGGAAGCAUCGGCAGUUACGUGAAGACUCCAUUAGAUCUCAUUUUUCUGCUGCAUAAAGAAGAAGAAAAAGAAUCCCAUUCUUCCUGGGGAAAGAAAUAAAAAAAAAAA